AGAGAGAGGGAGAGAGAGAGAGAGGGAGAGAGAGCAGAACACAGCGUUCUAUUUCACAUAGAUUAACAGCUGCUGGGCAGGGACUGUCUUGAGCACAUAGAGAGAGAGAGAGAGAGAGAGAGAGAGAUUGAGUGAGGGAGAGCAAGCGUUGCUGAGACACGAGAGAGAGAGAGAGGGAGAAAGAGAAAGAGGGAACCGCGGCGUGAGGUUGUGCUUGAGGCGAAAGCAGGCGCAGGUUUGGGUAAUUCACGGCCAUCUGGGUCACUUGGAUAAAGGAACGCUCUCAGAAAACACAAGACCUUUUUCCCCCCACACACCGUUAAGAUUCCAGGGGAACUCUUGCUUUUUUUUCUUUUUUUUUUUUUUUUUACAACAAUUUUUGAUUUGCACCCUCAUCCCCCCUCCCCUUUCCCCCCUGGUCUGGCUGCAAGAGAAUCAGGACACUGUUUCACCGUCUACAUCGUCAGCCGGUUGCGAGGUGCUGAUGCUGUGGUUCUGAGCAGGAGCUGAGCAGUCCCGGUUGAUGCAGUGAAGCAGUGAAGAGCUCCUUGAGGAAAGUCGUGAGCAAGGUUUGCUGGCCAUGGGGAACCUCAUUAAGGUCCUUGGCAAGGAUUUAGAGAACUGUCCGCAUUUUUUCCUGGACUUUGAAAAUGCCCAGCCCACAGAGGCCGAGACGGCGGUGUGGAACCAGGUGAGCGCCGUGUUAGAGGAGGCUCAUGGGAUACUGGCGGAGCUGCAGUCCUACAAUGGAGCGGGGCAGGAGAUAAGAGAGGCCAUUCAGAACCCAAGUGACCUACAGCUGCAGGAGAAGGCCUGGAAUGCAGUCUGCCCCCUGGUGGCCAAACUGAAGCGCUUCUACGAGUUCUCCCUCAGGCUGGAGAAUGCUCUGCGCAGCCUGUUGGAGGCACUGACAAGCCCCCCCUACGCCCCCAUGCAGCAUCUGGAGCGGGAGCAGGCCCUGGCCAAGCAGUUUGCCGAAAUCCUGCACUUCACACUCAGCUUCGACGAGCUCAAGAUGACAAAUCCAGCCAUUCAGAAUGACUUCAGUUACUAUAGGAGGACCAUUAGUAGGAACCGCCUCAACAACCAACAGUUGGACGCUGAGAAUGAGGUGAACAAUGAAAUGGCCAAUCGAAUGUCGCUGUUCUACGCGGAGGCCACUCCCAUGCUGAAGACCCUUAGCAAUGCCACCACUAAGUUUGUGUCAGAGAACAAGACGCUGCCGAUAGAGGACACGACAGACUGCUUGAGCACCAUGGCGUGCGUGUGCCGGGUCAUGCUGGAGACCCCGGAGUACAGGUGCCGUUUCACCAACACGGACACCAUGCUGUUCUGCAUGAGGGUGAUGGUGGGCGUCAUCAUCCUCUACGACCACGUCCACCCCGUGGGCGCCUUCGCCAAGACCUCCAAGAUCGAUAUGAAAGGCUGCAUCAAGGUUUUGAAAGAACAGCCUUCAAACAGCGUGGAGGGAUUGCUGAACGCACUGAGGUAUACAACACGGCAUCUAAACGACGAUAGCACCUCCAAACAAAUCAGAGCCAUGCUGCAAUGAGAGAGGGGAGAGGGGAGCGGGGAGAGAGGGAGCAAGCACAGGACGAGAGAAAGAGCGAGGGAGGGGGGAGAGAGAGAUAGAGGGAGGAGACAGCGAAGUUACAUACAUGGGUGGCUGGCAGUCUUGGGUGACCCGAUCUCAGAAACCCGUUUGUUUACAAGAAUGAAAUGCAAAACAAUUUCAAUGUCAAUAACCUGAAACAGGGGGGGGAAAAAGAAAAAAAUAUAUAUAUUGUCAAUCGCUCAUCUUCAUGUCUCUCAUUUUGUAAAAAAAAAAAAGAGAAGAAAAUAUAGAGAUAUAUAUUAAAGUUAAAAAAGUGAAAACAGAACUUAACACAACGUAGGAGAUAAAUAAAAAGAGGAGAGGAGGAAGGAAAACUAUAUUAAAAUUCUAAGGUUAAAAAAAAAAACAGAAAAAAGAAAAAAAGGUCCAUAUUCCAGUGUAAGUCUGAAGAGUAUUUUUGCACUCACAAAGAAAACAAUGCCAUCACUAUGGUUUCACUGUAAAGAAAAAAGCUAGAAAUUAAGUGUACAGUUAAAUUACAUGUACCUGCAUUUUGAUUCCAUCUGAUUUGACACCAUGGCCUCAUUUUACCCGUAGUCAUCUCCAGCCCAUGAUAGUACCUGUUGCAAUAUGGGUAAUGUAGUUCAGUUUAACAUGGCACAAAAGAUACAACUUCCUCAAUACUUCACCAAUUGAUUGGUCAUGUAUAUCAUGUCAUAUAUUUUAAAGAAUGGAACAGAUGUAAUGUGUAGGCUUGUUACAAAAUAUAAAAUUUUAAUUUUCAGGAUAUUAAGAUUGCCAAAUGCAUAUAGCAGAGUGCUAUACAUGGCUGUAUAUAUUCUAAAAGCACAGUAUAAACUCAAAAAGCUAUUUUGUAUUAAGUUUGAAUAAAAUCAAGUGCUUUUUACCUCUACAACAAACAGGUACACAACAGUAUACAACAGUAAUAUUCUCACAAGGUAUUUUUAGGGCAUUCAACAAAAAAACUAAUGCCACUCAAACUGGCAUUGAGAUUGGAAAUCAAAACAACAUCUUGCACCUUAAUGUAUUUCUCUUGUAUUUUUUCUUCACUUUAAAUGGUGCUAUGGUAUUUGAUGUUUAAACAGCCUGAAUCUGCUUCAGCUAUAUUCAUGUGAGAAUCGUUUAUAAGAGGAUGCGUCAUGAAUAUUACAGCACACACAACUCUCACCCGAUAAUGCUGCUACGUACUGUUCCUCCCAUCUUAACCGCAGUGUGUUUAACGGUAACCAACACAGCAGGGAUCACGCGUUAAGAGAAAAAAAAAAUCCCUUACAACGAUCCCACUGAUCACAAAUCAAAACCAAGCCCAAAAGUGUGCCGCGUGGCCAUGGUCAAUAACCAAUAAACAAAAACAAGCCAAGCUGUUUCUGGUCAGGAGGAAUACUACAUAGGUUUUCUUUUUCGUUCUCUUCUUUGUUCCAAGCAAGCAUUGUCAUCUCUGCUACUACAGUCAAAUAUAUUUAAAAAAAAAAGGUAACAAGAGGGUGAAGACUAGCUUAGCCACUGUCCGAACGGAGGGGGUCAGCGCAGCAUCGGUGUCCGCAGUGCACGCCUCUGCUGCUUUGGCUCCUGCCGUUUUAAAGAACUCAAGGAGGCGCAGGCGAAGUCGGCGGAGAAACGG